AUGCUUGCCAAUAACAUUCUUUCAACAAUCUUGCUUGCAUCGGCGGCUCUUGCUAAGAGCGAGCUUGUCAAGCGCUCAGAGCGUCACCGCCGUCAAGCUCCUGCUGCGAUAGUCGAGCACAACGUCUGCGGCAAUAACUAUGAUUUCUCAGCUAACAAGCUGUCAGUUGAAGGUGGCGACAGUGUGACAACCGAGCUGAACGUUUGCAAUGGCGACAUUGCAUCAUACUCGGCAACUUGGUCCGUGACGAGUGCACCUGGCGCGCUCAAGGCUUCCCCUGGCUUCGCACUCGCCAACAUCGGCGGCAAACAACUCAGCUCGCUGAAGAACAUUCACGCUUAUUGGGUCUGGGAGUGGGCUCAAGUGCAGCCCUCAACUUCCUCGCUCAUUGGCUAUCACAUCUACCUUGGCUCGGCACCCAAUGCUGGUAAAGCCGGUGCACAGACGGUCGUCAACAUCUACCUCUCAGCUCACAACAAGAAUCCCCUGGGCGAUGUGGUCGCUACUGACGAUAUUGGCGGUCACCGCUGGCAAUUGUACCAGAGCCAAGGCACAUCCCAGACCGUCUUCAGCUUCAUGAACCACCAACUCGUGCCAGGUCUCAAGCACUUUGCUAUGGAGCUCGAAGUCUUCCUGGCCUACCUUCAAGCGCACCUGAGCGUAUCGAGCGCACUUUACAUUGUGGCAGUCGAAUCCAACAUCGAAAUUUACGGAGGAUCUGGAUCGCUCCUGACCAAGGAAUGGCAAAUGACGCUGACCUAG